UUUACUUAGCCAACAUGGCCAAGGCGUUUAGAUAACGGGCCGACCUUGAUUCCUAAACUAUUAUAAAUGGGGUUGAAUUAUCUAAUGAGAAACUCGCCCAUGCCCUAUCACUUUUCAUCAGUUUAGCAUACAACAUAGGAAGAGUACAAUGUCCAUGCUUCACUCUGUACGUGCCGUUUUCGUCGGCUUGAAAACAUCUUGUCAACAAAUUAGGCUUCAAAGCACCAGCUUAGAUGGAACUCCAUUAAAGAAACUCGGUUUCAUAGGAUUGGGAAACAUGGGAGCAUCAAUGAGCAUGAAUUUAGUGAAAAAGGGGUUUGAUGUGACGGUUUUUGAUAUCAACAAAGCGGCAUGUGAAAGAGUUUCAAAAGUUGGUGCCAAAGUAGCCGGAUCUACCCAAGAACUGGCACAAAAUGUCGAAUUCAUAUUAACUAUGCUUCCUGCCAGUCCUCAUCUGAAAUCUCUCUAUUUAGAAGAUGAUGGAUUAUCGAAAUUUCUGGAUAAAAAUAAAUUCAUCAUAGACAUGAGUACAAUCGAUCCAUCAGUUUCAAAAGAACUGGCUAAGCAUUUUGAAACAGUAGGUGCCAAAUUUAUUGAUGCCCCAGUAUCAGGAGGCAUAAAAGCAGCAGAAGAUGGUACUUUGACUUUUAUGGUAGGAGGUGAUCCAAGUGUCGUUGAAACAGCUAAACCAGUGUUAUUGGCUAUGGGAUCCAGGGUUAUCUACUGCGGUGCCGUAAGCAGUGGACAAGUAGCGAAGACUUGCAACAAUUUGAUACUUGGAAUAUCAAUGGCAGCCGUUUCGGAAGCCAUGAAUCUUGGUGUAAAAUUAGGCCUUGAUCCGAAACUAUUAGCCUCGGUAAUUAACAGCAGUUCCGGACGCUGUUGGUCAUCAGACACAUACAAUCCAGUUCCUGGGGUCAUGGAAAAUGUACCCAGUUCGAAGGAUUACAAGGCUGGCUUUACAACCGAAAUGCUUGCUAAAGACUUAAAAAUAGCUGAAAAUGCUGCAAAAGAAAUUGGGUUGACGUUAGAAGUAGGAAAGAAGACACUGGAAAUUUAUGAAAAUAUCAUCACUCAACAACUAGGCCAUAAAGAUUUUUCUUUUGUUUAUAAACAUUUUACAGAUAAACAAACAAAAUAAACGCCAUUCCUAUUUA